GCGGCGCCCGACGGACCCCCUCGGCACACACUCGCUUGUCCCGCGCCCCGCCGCAGGCUCCCCGGCGUCGCUGUACCUGCCGAGCUCCGGACUCUUCCCGGGGCGCCCAGAGGAUGCUCAGGCCGCUGGCGGCCGCUCCGGGGCAGUGCUAAGAGGCAGAUCUUCUGCCCCUUCCUUGCUCCUCUCCUCUGGUGCCACAGCUACCCGCGGCGGGUCGAGCAUGGUGAUUUUUCCCUGAAGCCCCCUGACUCUGGAAGUCUGAACAGAUGCCCACCAUGAGGCUGUUAACUUGCUUCCUGCAUUUCCUGGCCGGGCUGGCACUGCCCGCUGUGCCCCCGCAGCAGUGGGCCUUGUCUACUGGGAACAGCUCAUCGGAGGUGGAAGUGGUGCCCUUCCAAGAGGUGUGGGGCCGUAGCUAUUGCCGGUCCCUGGAGAGGCUGGUGGACAUCGUGGCCGAGUAUCCAGGUGAGAUGGAGCACAUCUUCAGCCCAUCCUGCGUCUCCCUGCUGCGCUGCACCGGCUGCUGUGGCGAUGAGAACCUGCACUGCGUGCCAGUGGACACGGUCAAUAUCACCAUGCAGCUCCUGAAGAUCCGUGCUGGAGACCCACCCUCUUAUGUGGAGAUGACGUUCUCUCAGCACGUCCGCUGUGAGUGCAAACCACUACGGGACAAGAUGAAGGCUGAAUGGAGGAGACUCAAGGGCAGGGGGAAGAGGAAGAGAGAGAAGCAGAAACCCACAGACUGUCACCUGUGCGGUGACGUGGCUCCCCGGAGGUAACCGGCUCCUCGGAGGAGAGACCUCACGCCGGCUGCUCGUGUAUUUAUUACCGUCACACUCUCAGUUACCUCCCCGCUGCUCCCUGCCCCCUAUUUAUUCGCCAACUGUAUCCCUGCUGAAUGGCUCACGCCCUCCAAGACGAGGGGCAGGGAGGGUCAGGACCCUCAGGAAUUCAGUGCCUUAAACAGAACGAGAGAGAACGAAAGAAGCCAGCCACGGACCCAUGGGAGCUUCGGCUUGGGAAGAAGCAAGACACAUGGCCUUGGGAGAGGGCAAGCCAGAACCCAGAGACCUUGGGGGUCUGCAGGGGAGUGCCCACCAUGUGUUCCUGGGACCCCAGGCUCUGAUGGGCAAGCAGCCUCCUUUGGGAGUUUGGCUGGGAGAAGGCCAGCAUGGGUGGAGGGACCAGCCGCCCAUGCGCAUUUCCCUCCUGGUUGCCACUUUGUGACCUGCAGGCAGAAUGUUCAGCUGUGCAGGUGGAGCCUGUGGUUGUCUCCAUGUUUUUGCCACCUGCCGUUUGGUCCCAGCCAAGGCCUCGCAUCCUGCCCACACACAGGGACGCAGGCAGAGUGGGCCCCAGGUUGGGCCAGAAACAGGUCACCAAGGAGGGACUUUGUGUUCCUACCCAGUGGCCAUGG